CACCACAUGCCAUGCACCAGCCUCUCUCUCGUUUUCUAUCUCCUCCUCACACAUAUACACACACACACACACACACACGCGCGCGCUAUGACACACUAUUCAAAAGUACCGUAAAUGUCACCAGUCAGUCCAUUUAUAGUCUUCGUGUUUUGGCACUGUCUGGCUCCACAAACGUUUUCUCCUGCUCAAAACUUUGAUUCUGGAGUUAAAUUUACCAAUGGAUCUCCCUCUCAUGAAAACUUCACAACUGCUUUGAAAACACAAGGAGUUUUACAAACUGCCACAAUCAGCCUGUAACUGUGACACCAAGCCAGUUGGAUUUUUCUACGCAUUAGGAAUUUUCUAAAGAGGCAUGGGUGACUCUGAUAAUCCAAAAUCAACUACAACUAUCAUCAUUCUUUCCAUCAGCCUAUUUUGCCUGAUUGCAUUGCUGAUCUUCUUGUACAAGAAGUUGAACAGGGAGGCUAAUGGAGAAUACACCAUCCAGCGCAUGGUGUACAAGGAAGGAGGGGUCAGGGACCGGGUGAGGGGUGCAGCAUUAACUCUGGAGACACAUCUCGGAGUCCAGCUGUGGCCUCGCAAUGAUACAGAUGAGGAUGGAGAGGAAAUGCAGGUCCAAGUCCAAGAUGAGGAGGAACAGCUGGAGGAGGGUGGUAGCCAGGAAAGUUACAGUGAGGGGGACGACAAUGAGGAAGAGGAUGGGGGGGGUGAUAAUGCCCCGCUGUGUGAUAAGACAAAGGGAAAAGGAGAUGGCACUUCAGAUGAGAAGACAAGCUUGGAUGAUUCGGAGGCAGGGGAGCAAACUGUGCUAACGGACCAGUCAGAGGCAAAGGAAGAGACGAACGAGAAAAGGGAGGAAAAGGAGGAGAAAGUGGGAGAAGGGGAAGGUAAAGGGGAAGCAAGUGGAGGGGCUGGAUUAUUGAUAGACUUCAAGCAGUUCUCUGGAAGUGCCAUUUGGUCUGAAGAAGAGGGAGGUGGGGGUACAGACAAGGAUGUGACUGUGCUGUGAGUACAGAAUAAGAAAAUAUGAAAUACAAAGAAGGCUUAGGAAAUUGUCUUAAGCCGUCUGUCAGGGAUACAAUUUUGGUGUUGAAAUGCUGAAUCAUUUACAUUACUAUUUUUCCAGAAACAGCCAAAUUUAAAUACUGAGUCUAAAAAUACUAAGCCUAUAAAACACCCUUCAUAUGUUUUUAAUUACAGACUGUAAACUAAAGAAAACGUAGAAAAACCAAAGAGGGUGGUAGCUGUGAUCCUGGUCUUAAUUCUACAUCCUGUUGAGGUGUCAUGAUAAAUAGCUGACUGAUGAAUGACGCUGUUAGAAAUAUGCAGGGGUACACUGGAUUUUGAAUGUUUGUAUAAGACUUUACGUUUUGUUAUGCAAAACUGACUUAGUCAGUUAAGAAAUUUGACUUUGUAUUACUGUGUCAGCCUAUUGUAUGCUGUAUUGUAUGCUGAGUGUAGCUUAUGUUUUUUAUUGCUUUAAAAGUUUUUUUUUUAAUUUGCAUUG